AAGCAAUCAUUCCGAUUCUAACGCUGCUUCCGAAAUGUCUGCUGGAAAAAUCCCGUACGUUAAGCACAACAACGGCACCCAGAUCCAAGCAAUUGGACUGGGAACCUACACGUCGUUGGGAGGCGAUUGCGAGCGGGCUACGCUGCAUGCCAUAGAUGUGGGCUACCGACACAUAGACACCGCCUUCUUCUAUGAGAACGAGAAUGAGGUGGGCGCGGCCGUCAGCAAGAAGAUAGCCGAGGGGGUCAUCAAGCGCGAGGACAUACACAUCACCACAAAACUGUGGUGCCACUUCCAUGAGCCGGAGAGGGUGGAGUAUGCUUGCCGCAAGACCCUGCAGAACUUUGGGCUGGAGUACGUGGACCUGUACCUGAUGCACUGGCCCUACUCCUACGUCUACCGCGGCGACAGCGAAAUGAUGCCCACAGAUGCCAAGGGCGAGGUCGAACUCAACGACAUUGAUUAUCUGGACACCUGGCGUGCCAUGGAAAAGCUGGUCGAGCUGGGCCUCACCAAAAGUAUCGGCGUUUCCAAUUUCAAUUCCGAGCAACUGACGCGCCUGCUGGCCAAUUGCAAAAUCAAGCCAAUCCACAAUCAGAUCGAAUGUCACCCCGCACUGAACCAGAAGAAACUGAUUGCCUUGUGCAAGCAGCACGACAUUGUGGUCACCGCCUACUGUCCGCUGGGCAGGCCCGAUCCGGCCAAGAAGACGCCCAACUACAUCUACGACGCCAAGGUGCAGGCCAUUGGAGACAAGUACAAGAAGUCAACGGCCCAGGUGGUGCUCCGCUAUCUGAUUGAAAUUGGAACUGUGCCGCUGCCCAAGUCCUCUAAUCCGAAGCGCAUUGAGGAGAACUUCAAGGUCUUCGAUUUCAAAUUGGAUGCCGCUGACCAUGCCAUCCUGGACACGUACAACACUGGCGAGCGUCUCAUUCCCAUGGAGCAUGCCAUUAAGAACAAGAAUUAUCCCUUCAAUAUUGAGUUUUAAGCUUGAAUAUUGAAUGAAUAUUGUUGAUAUUAAAAUUUUUAAAGAUUGAUAUAAUAACCAA